AUGUUCAGUCCGACCGAGAGUACCACUGAUAAAUCACGACCCAAUUCGGCACGUCGCCAUUUUAGUCAAGAUUCCCUAUUUCUGCCCUGCGACACGUCUCGUGUACGAGUUCACCGGGAUCGUUUCGGUUCCGCCUCCAGUCACCACGAAGUGCCGGUUGGCGAAUCCUGGUCCGGUUCUGACGAUGCAGAUCGAGGACUAGAAAGUCAGUCCAAAUUGGGUUCUGAUCCGGAUGACAUGUCUGGCACUCAGCUAAGUCAGUCGCUAACUAGUGGUCUGAGUCACCUAACUGUGGUCGCAGCCAGUGCCUCGUUACGUGAAAAGAACAAUACUGCAUCGGCUGAACCAAUUGAAAAAGUGGUGACUGUGCAACCAAGUUCUUUGAAAGCGGAAUUGAAUACGAUGCAUUACGAUUCGGACAAAGGGAACGUUGAUUCACCCACGCUUGAAAGUGAGGAUCAUAACACUACUACUCAGAGUGAUACAGAUCGUGAAUCCACAGCCAUAAUCCAUUCUCAGGGUCAAUACCCUCUACUUGGCCAAGUCUCCCCGUUGUGGUCUACUGGAAAACGCAAACGUGAGCGCUCUCUCCUAGAACUGCCGAAUGAACCUCCCAAACCUCAGCCUUCUGCUACAGUUCCUUCCAGUGCAAUCAGUACCCAGGACUCCCGUUCGGUUGUAGUUAGUCGACCAAAUGAUAUUCAACUGGACCCGAGAGAGAUUGUAUCACGGGAAUAUGGUGUCCAGCUGCGUCCAGAACCGGGACGACGCCGUUUACGCAUGAAGCGACCUGUGGAUGAAACUUCCGACUCAAAUUCAUGUCAAAAUUCGACUGCCCGAAUUUCCGGAGGCGAGGGGAAACUUGUUCGUAGACGCUCGUCAUCUGUUUCAGGAAGCUCUUUCUCAUCGCCGUCCACAACAACAUCGACAGACACGCAUACUCAUUUGAGUACAGAAAAUCUUGCACUGGAACUUCGGCAACACAUGCUGGACAGUUUGAGCGAUAAAGAACAUCACGUGCGACGUGUCCGGAGUCGAUUGCGGAAAGAUCAACGACGUCCAGAUUCUUUGGCUGUACCCAGUAUUCUUAGAUUACCCAAUCCACUGACCACUGCGUCAGCUGAAAUUCCGGAUCCCUCGGCACCAAGUCUGUCAAAUGAUUCACUCAGGCGGUUCUCCCUUGGUCCUCUAGGCCGAUCCCUAUUUGGUAACCUUGAUCGAGCCUCGAUUUCCAUCCUGUUUCCGAAUUCAACAGCCACAACAACAGGACUGAUUUCCAGCAUAACUGAGGCCGAUUUGGAUUUGAGUGAGUUAUCCGAUGAUGUUGCGCGGGAAAUCAUCGAUAUUCGACACAGUGUGAAUUUGGGCUGGGCUAAAACCACGGAGGAGGAACAGAACACAUCUCCGGACUCCACCGGUCAGGCCUGUGUCUCCGCACCAUGUUCACCGGGUCAGUUUGAUCAAAAUAUCCCAUUAGAUGAACCAGAUUUUGAUGCGGAUUAUUCCAAUCUAGUUACACCUCGGAGGCCAGCAGAUGUGGAGUCGGAGUCGCAACCAGGAUCCGACUGGCGACGUUCGACGCGGUAG